AUGUCUGAAGAAAUUCAGAAAGCAAUCCAUGUUUUGGAAAAUGAGUACAAAACGAGGAAGGAAGCUUUUGACAAAUGGAGAGAAGAGCAUGCUGCUCUAUCAGACCACAAAGAAUUUGGCAUUUAUGUUGAUCAAUUCCGUAAUUGGGAGCGUACAGUUUUAGAAAAUAUGAACAAUCUAAAAACAGCUCUAAAUAAAAGUAAAUCUAUCGCAAAACCAUCAGAAUUACCAACUGUUGAUCUGGAUACCCAAUUAGAAAACGUUUUAAAAGACGUUUCCUUGCCUCAAUUUGUAGUAAUUGAAGAAAGUAGAAGUACUGGGUUUUCAAACCCAAUUUUGCCUCAGAAUGCUGUUAUUUCGAGUCGAUCAACACCUUCUUUUGGUGGUUAUCAUCAACCUUCCCCAUUAGCUUCAGCUAGCGCCUCAGUUCAUUCAUCGGUUUCGAAUAAUUCUUCUGGAAUUUAUCUUCCACCAACACCCCAACAACAACAGCCUCCUCAACUUGUUGUCCUUUCUUCUGCUCGUUAUGGAGUAAGUGGUACACCUCCAACAAGUUCGUUGGCAACAAGCGGAUAUAGUAGCAACACACAAAUGUCUAAUUAUGGAUUUCUUCCAGAGGGAUGGCGAGUUGACCCUGCUAUUCGCAAACAACCGAAAACCGCUUCACCAAUCAGAGAAUACAGAUCACCUAUAAAUUUGCCCUUCAAAGAUUUUAGUCAAAAUUGA